AUGAAAGUGUUUCACUUGUUACAAGAGGUGCUGAUUGGCUGUGGAAAAGAGGACAUCAGAAUACCAAAGAUUCUUCUACUUUCAAUUAUUCUUAAGCAAGGACAGAAAGGAAGAAGUUCUAAAGCAAAUGACAACUACUUAAAGGAACUGAAUGAUGACAUAAAGCUAAGGAAGCAAGAAUUGCUAGAGAUCCUAAAACCCCUAGAAGAUAAGAACGACCUCUUAUUCCAGAAGUUAAUGUCGAACUUGGAAGAGAAACAAAGAAGUCUGCAGAUCAUGCGGCAAAUCAUGGCAGGAAAGGUGGGUGACGAUUCCUCGGAGGAUCUGAUGAAGGAAGCAGAAGAAAUGAAGCAGAAUCUUGAAAAGAAAAACAAGAUGCUUCGGAAGGAAAUGGAGAUGCUAUGCAACGAGGCAUUUGAAAUAGAAGAGAUGGAUGAGCAACAAAAACCACCACAGAUAAAAAAUAAGACAGACUUGCAGGAUGGAAAGGCUCCCAAGACCCCCUCAGCAUUUAGGAAGACCAAGAGUGACCUGGACACAUCAUGUACAGAGAGAGUGGAAGAGAUAAGAAAGGAAAAGCAACAAAGGAAAAUCCAAUGGGUCAGGUAUCGGGAGCAAGCCAACAUCCAGAAUGACUUUCAAGGCAAAGUGAUAGAGCUCAAAAUUGAAGCCUUGAAGAACUACCAGAAGGCCAAUGACCUGAAAUUAUCAUUGCACUUACAGCAAAAUUUUGAGCCAAAGCAAGCAUUCUUAAAUCUCCCUGGUUUCCAAGGCACUAUGGGCGGUGUAACUACAGACAAAGCAACCACAGGCAAACAUGAACCGAAUAUGAGAGAUCUGGGAUCAAAGACCAACACACAACAACAAAGAGCUAAAGAAAGGCAGUGUGGUGAUGUAGGAGGGAGCACUCUUCUGAGGUCAUUACCAGAUGAAGCUCUCAAGUAG